AUGUCGCACAAAGAAGGGCGCCUCAAGGAUGAGGGCUCGAGGGUCCAAGUCAUAGCUGCGGGAGCAGUAGCAGGUUUGGUUUCUAGAUUCGUUGUUGCUCCCCUCGAUGUCGUCAAGAUCCGUCUCCAACUCCAGCCUCAUUCUCUGUCCGAUCCCGUAGCAGCUUUGCGCGACGCACCGGCUUAUCGAGGAGCAUUCGCGACCCUGAAACACAUCCUCAAGCAUGAAGGUUUGACAGGCCUGUGGAAGGGUAAUGUUCCUGCAGAGCUUAUGUAUGUAUGCUAUGGUGCCGUACAAUUCACAACAUACCGCUCGGCGACCCUGUUCCUCCGAACGGCAUUUCCCUCAAGGUUGCCCGAUGCUGCCGAAAGUUUUAUUGCUGGUGCUGCCUCUGGUGCUGCUGCCACCACCGUCACAUAUCCUCUCGAUUUGUUAAGAACACGAUUCGCAGCUCAGGGCCGACACCGUGUUUACCAAUCGCUGCGCAGUGCCGUCUGGGAUAUAAAACGCGAUGAGGGUUGGCGCGGCUUUUUUAGAGGCAUUGGGCCUGGACUAGGCCAAAUCAUACCCUUCAUGGGCAUCUUUUUCGUCACUUAUGAAUCCCUUAGAACGUCUCUAGAGGGAUUGCACAUGCCAUGGGGCAGCGGAGAUGCUACUGCUGGCAUGUGUGCCAGCAUUUUAUCCAAAACAGCUGUAUUCCCUCUCGAUCUUGUACGAAAGCGUAUUCAGGUGCAGGGGCCAGCGCGGCAGCAAUACAUCUACCAAAACAUUCCCGAGUACGCCACGGCACGGAGCGCACUUUUAACGAUAUUACGCACAGAAGGUUUCCGCGGGUUGUACAAGGGCCUGACUAUCAGUCUUCUCAAAUCAGCCCCUGCGAGCGCUGUCACUCUCUGGACAUAUGAACAGAGCUUGAAUUUGAUGCUCGAUUGGGAUUCGGGCAGUAAGGAGACCAUCCCCAAUGAAUUAUAG